CCCAGGGAAUGAGACUGCCGAGAGACGAGAACUACAAGUCCCGGCGUUCCGCGCGCGGGCGCGCACGCAGCGCCGCUUCCGGCCCGGCUAGGCCAGGCCCGGCGGCUGGGUGGCUGUACGAGGAGAGGACAGACGCGACGGGGGCGCUGGGGACGGUGGCAGAGCCGGCGCUCGGGGAGGGGGGAGCCGCCAUGGGCCGGGGAGCCGCCCGCGGGCCUGCGCCGCCAUUGCCGCCGCCUCCUUCCCCCUUUCCCUCUCCGCCGCUGCCCACAGUGGCAGCUUUUCUGAUAGACAAAUGUGGGGCUAGAUUAUGAGCUCCAACAAGAACACCCGCUGCAAUCGUUUCCCCAGCGGUACAGCAAACGGUGCUUCUUCAGAAAACACUAACGGGACGAGAAUGGAGACUACUUUUGGGCCUGCCUUCUCUGCAGUGACCACCAUCACCAAAGCGGAUGGGAGUGGCACCUUCAAGCACCGGCGGACACCCUCUUCCUCCAGCACGCUCACCUAUUCCCCCCGUGACGAGGAUGAUGGCAUGCCACCAAUCAACACCCCACGGAGGUCUGACUCCGCCAUCUCCGUCCGCUCGCUGCAUUCAGAGUCCAAUAUGUCCCUGCGUUCAACUUUCUCUCUCCACGAGGAAGAGGAGGAGCCAGAGCCGCUGGUGUUUGCUGAGCAACCUUCGGUGAAACUCUGCUGCCAGUUGUGUUGCAGUGUGUUUAAAGAUCCAGUGAUCACGACCUGUGGGCACACGUUUUGCAGGAGAUGUGCCUUAACCUCUGAGAAGUGCCCGGUGGACAAUGCCAAGCUGACGGUGGUUGUCAACAACAUUGCCGUGGCCGAGCAAAUUGGGGAGCUCUUCAUCCACUGCAAGUACGGCUGCCGGCCUGCCGCCAGCGGCAAGCCUUCCGCCUUCGAGGUGGACCCUCGCGGGUGCCCCUUCACCAUUAAGCUGAGUGCCAGGAAGGACCAUGAAGGCAGCUGUGACUAUCGGCCGGUGCGCUGCCCCAACAACCCCAACUGCCCACCACUCCUCAAGAUGAACCUGGAGGCACAUCUCAAGGAGUGUGAGCACAUCAAGUGCCCCCAUUCCAAAUACGGGUGCACGUUCAUCGGGAACCAAGACACCUACGAGACCCACCUGGAGACGUGCAAGUUUGAGGGCCUCAAGGAGUUCCUGCAGCAGACGGACGACCGCUUCCACGAGAUGCAGGUGGCCAUGGCACAGAAGGACCAGGAGAUUGCCUUCCUGCGGUCCAUGCUGGGCAAGCUCUCGGAGAAGAUCGACCAGCUGGAGAAGAACCUCGAGCUGAAGUUUGAUGUCCUGGACGAGAACCAGAGCAAGCUGAGUGAGGAUCUGAUGGAGUUCCGGAGAGAUGCCUCCAUGCUGAACGAUGAGCUGUCCCACAUCAAUGCCCGGCUGAAUAUGGGGAUUUUGGGCUCAUACGAUCCCCAGCAGAUCUUCAAGUGCAAAGGCACCUUUGUGGGGCACCAGGGCCCCGUCUGGUGCCUGUGCGUAUACUCCAUAGGAGACCUGCUCUUCAGUGGCUCUUCUGACAAAACUAUUAAGGUGUGGGAUACCUGUACCACAUACAAGUGCCAAAAGACCUUGGAAGGCCACGACGGGAUUGUCCUGGCCCUCUGCAUCCAAGGGAACAAGUUGUACAGCGGCUCUGCUGACUGCACCAUCAUUGUCUGGGAUAUCCAAACCUUGCAGAAGGUCAACACCAUCCGUGCACAUGACAACCCAGUGUGCACGCUGGUCUCUUCGCACAACAUGCUCUUCAGCGGCUCCCUCAAAGCCAUCAAGGUCUGGGACAUUGUGGGCACUGAGUUGAAGUUGAAGAAAGAGCUGACCGGCCUCAAUCACUGGGUCCGGGCCCUUGUGGCAUCCCAGAAUCACCUAUAUAGUGGGUCCUACCAAACAAUCAAGAUCUGGGACAUCCGAAACCUGGAGUGCGUGCAUGUUCUGCAGACGUCGGGAGGCAGCGUCUACUCCAUCGCAGUCACCAACCACCACAUUGUCUGUGGCACCUACGAGAACCUUAUUCACGUGUGGGACAUUGAAUCCAAGGAGCAAGUCCGCACACUGACCGGACACGUGGGCACUGUGUACGCCCUGGCCGUCAUCUCUACGCCGGACCAAACCAAAGUCUUCAGCGCCUCCUACGACCGGUCGCUGCGGGUAUGGAGCAUGGACAACAUGAUCUGCACGCAGACGCUGCUGCGCCAUCAGGGCAGCGUCACGGCGCUGGCCGUCUCCAGGGGCCGCUUGUUCUCGGGCGCUGUGGACAGCACCGUUAAGGUCUGGACAUGCUAAUGGGUGCCGCCGCUGCCGCCACCACCACCACCGCCGCCACCUGCUUCCGGAUGCCAGACUACCAAAUACUCCCUCGGCUCUCCCCUGGCGCUCCUCCGCCACUUCCCUCGCCCUCCCGCCGGCCAGAGAGCUGCACGGUCCACAUACCUCAGCACUGCCCCUCGCCACGGACAGACAUGGCCCCCAAGCGGCACUGUCGGCCCAGGCAAGGCUGUCUUGACUGACGAUAAAGCUGAACCGGCCGCCCUGCAGCUGUGGCUUCUUUUUUCUGACUCAGGGGAGGAGGUUUCCUUGUUGUUGUCCAGUCUAACGGUGGUGUCGUAGCUGCAACGUCGGUCUCCAAAGUCCUUUUGCUCUCGCCAGAGGAGAGAAAUGGGGCGCAGCCGCCUCAAACAAGAGCUCUUGGGUGAAGCGGGAGCGGAUCGCUCAGUGGGAGCAUCCCUACUGCACCUUGCAGGGUGUGGGGGGGGGGUCCCCUGAGCCAAGAAGGUGGGAGGGGCCCAUUCUCCUCUCUGUCCUGGGAUUUAAUUUAUCCACUUUCAGUUGUGCCUGCCACCGGAGGUAGAACCAGUCGUCCGCCCCCCCCCGCCCCCCCCCACUUUGUGUAACCAGGUACGAUUUUUACGCCGUAAGCCCCCCAGUCCCUCACAUCAGGUACCACAUCGCCAUCCUCCGUUCACAGCAUCAUGUCACGACGGCCUCCGCAGUAAAGCCGGGGAGAGCCCACGGUUGUGUUUUUACUGACAUUUUCUACUGUUUUUAUGAUUGUGAUAUAGAUUUGGAUUAUUUCUUCCUUGACAAUAAAAAUGGACCAUGGUUUUA